AUGUCAAACGUCAAUAUACAACGAGUACAUCUCUGCUAUAGCUCUUUUCUUCAUUGACCGGCCUAUUACUCGUAUCUUGUUCCGAUAAAAAUCCAAUUUUAUUCCACUAAUCAUAACAAUGGACGACAAUUUUUACGCAACCACACUGGAUUCAACCAACAAAACGGUCAAAUGGGACGUCGUUGGCGAUACAAAAGAAUUUCCAAAUCCAUUCUACAAAUUGAUCAUUCGUCAAUUUUUGCUCGGUCAUACGGCCAAAGAGGAUGAAUAUAAUGUUAUUGAGGUGGAAACGUCCUCGAUGACUGAAUCGAAACCAAAUCAAGUAAAAGUGCCCGUCGCCGUAUUGAAAGCUGGCGAAACCCGUUCCAUUCAAACAGUUUUGGAGUUUCCAGACUCGCCAGUCACAUUUACGCUGGUUGAAGGUAGUGGACCCGUUUACAUUCAUGGUCAACAAGUGCCAGGAAACUAUGAAAUUGAAGACACCACUGAAUUGAGCGACGAAGAAGAGGAGGAUGAAGAAGAUGUCAAAAUGGCUAAUGCAAAAGCGAAAAAUGCAAAGAAUGCUAAGAAUGGCAAAAAAUAAACUAAACACCGAAAUAUUAUCAAAAGUCCAGUCAUGUUGUUGUAAUGAAGUUCAUUACAAUAAUGACAGAUAUGCCAGAAAGCAUGAUACUAUUGUAUAAAUAAUUUCCAAUCAACAUUAAACACAAUACAAACAUA